AUGGAGUUGCCAACAUUCGAGGAGAUAUUCAAACAAAUAAAAUGGAAUUUUUGGGUUCUGGGGAUCAAGUUAAACGAUCGAAAAGUAUAUUUCAGGUUUUACCUUUUCUCUGUUCUUUUGGCCAUAAUGUUGCUGGCUGAAAUUAGCUAUUUUGUGUCAAAGAUAUCUUCAAACAAUAUAAUUGAGCUAUCAGAAUUAGCUCCGUGCGUUUUCAUAGGCGUUCUAUCCAUCCUCAAAAUUGUAUUUUUAGUCGCAAAAAAAGAAAUGAUUUUCGAGCUUGUCGACUGCCUCGAAAAACUAUACGGAAAAGCACUUGAAAAUGUAAGACAAAAGAAACUAAUUGAAAAAGAGGUAUUGAAUAUCAACAAAUUGCUGCGCUACUAUUUCAUUUUAAACGGUGUGCUGAUAUCGGUGUAUAAUUUUUCCGCUCCAAUUUUUAUGAUUUACCAUUACGUGGCAAAAAGCGAGCUGGUUUUCAGACUGCCAUAUGCGGUACUGGUCCCAUUUUCAACAGAUAUGUGGCAGACGUGGCUUAUUGUAUAUGUGUAUUCAAUUUCGUGCGGUUGGAUAUGCAUAUUAGAUUUCACAACUUCAGACGCGUUGUAUUGUGUGGCUACGUCUCAAAUUUGCAACAACUUUGCGAUCUUGAGCGACGAAGUCUCAAGGAUGAAUAGUAAAAAUGUGCAAUCACUGGAAAAGAUUAUACAGCAGCAUCAGUAUCUAUUGAAGUUAUCAAAAGAUUUGGAUGAUAUUUUCAAAUUGCCGAACUUGUUUAACUAUUUGGUGGGAUCCCUCGAGAUAUGUGCUCUAGGAUUCAGUUUGACUUUGGGCAAUUGGUCUCAUUUCCUGGGCUACGUGUUAUUUCUGCUCUCCGUAUUGCUCCAAAUAUUAAUGAUGAGCGUUUUCGGGGAGAAUAUCAUAAGAGAGAGCCGGAGAGUGGGAGAGGCGGCGUAUCUCUGCGACUGGCAUGGGAUGGAUCGGAAGGCGAAGAAAACUAUUUUGAUUCUUAUGAUCAGGUCACACAAGGAACAGCAGUUAACGGCGUUUAAGUUUUCAGUUAUAUCUUACGGAAGCUUCAGUAAAAUCAUCAGCACUUCAUGGUCGUAUUUCACCAUAUUGAGAACGGUUUAUAAGCCAUCCGGAACAUACACAUAAAUUAGUAACG